AUGCCGAACCUUCCUGAGUUCCGUACCACACUUUCCGAAACAUUUCUCCAUUUACGAAGCCAUCAGAGGUUCCGUAUCAGACCUCCAGAACCAUACCUCAUUUUCCGAAAUCCUGUGGGGUUUCGUACCAGACGUCCGCAGCCAUUCAUCCCUCUCCGAAACCAUGAAGAGUUCUGUGCUACACUUCCCGAACCACUUCUCAUUUUACGGAAACACGUGGGCUCCGAUACUGGGCCUCCCGAACCAUUACGGUUCCGCCACACACCUCCAGAGCCAUUCAUUCCUUUCUGA